CGGAGGGCGGGGCCGGUCCGGGGGCGGCGGCGCGAGCGCACCGCUGGGCACCGGGUCGCGCGGCGGAAUCGCGGAGGCGCCGCCGCUGCAGUCGCUGCAUCUCCGAGAAACAUGGCCGAUAGCAAGGCCAAGCCCACCAAGGCCGCCAACAAGACGCCCCCCAAGUCCCCAGGGGAGCCCGCAAAGGACAAGGCAGCCAAGAGGCUGUCCCUGGAGUCAGAAGGUGCCAACGAGGGGGCGGCCGCCGCAGCCCCGGAGCUCAGCGCCCUGGAGGAGGCCUUCCGGCGGUUCGCGGUGCAUGGGGACACCAGGGCCACGGGUAAGGAGAUGCAUGGCAAGAACUGGUCGAAGCUGUGCAAGGACUGCCAGGUGAUCGAUGGGAGGAACGUCACCGUCACCGACGUGGACAUCGUCUUCAGCAAGAUCAAAGGGAAGGCCUGCCGCACCAUCACCUUCGAGCAGUUCAAGGAAGCACUGGAGGAGCUCGCCAAGAAGAGGUUCAGAGACAAGAGCGGCGAGGAGGCCAUCCGAGAGGUGCAUAGACUCAUUGAGGGCAAGGCCCCCAUCAUCUCUGGGGUGACGAAAGCCAUCUCGUCGCCCACUGUGUCACGGCUCACAGACACAACCAAGUUCACUGGCUCCCACAAGGAGCGCUUCGACCCGUCGGGCAGGGGCAAGGGCAAGGCGGGCCGCGUGGACCUCGUGGACGAGUCGGGCUACGUUCCGGGCUACAAGCAUGCAGGCACCUACGACCAGAAGGUGCAGGGAGGCAAGUAGCCGGUUCCCAGGCAGGGCCUUCCUGCCAUCACCGAGACCCUGCAUCCUCGCACAUCCUUACAUUCCUGUGCUCCCUCGGGCUGAACUCAGACGCUGGGCCAGGGCAGCUGUGGGGUGAUGCCCGGGCUCCGGCGUGCUUCUCUCCGACCCUCGGUUUGGCCCCUGACCUCACUGACCUUUUCUAACACACCUGCCUCGUUCCAUGCUGGGAAGUCGACAAAUGACUGUUUCCAGUGUCUCCCAGGACCAGACUACAUCUGCCACCCAGUUUGCAGGCGAAAGGGGAGUCUUAAAAGGAGCUGGCGGGCCUCGGGGAAGAGAGAGACAGACCAUGUCAGAGGUGGUGCUGACCUCCUGACCCACAGACCCUCCCAGGAGCCGUGAGGGCAGCAUGCGCUACUGCACUAACCAACAGCACCAAUAAAAUGGAGUGAACCCCAAAAGAACACAGCGGUGUCUGCAAGGGCACCAUGCAGGGGUGGGGAUGGGACACGUGGGGACAUGCUUGCACACGCACGUUCAUGCACACAUGCUUAGAGGUGCUCUUGCAGUCACACACACGCACACACACUCGUACUCACACACACAUGCUUGCAUAUGCACACACGCAUGCACACACGCGUACGCCUACGGACCAGGUCUGUGCUGAGGGCAGUUGUGAAACGAAGCUGAUGUGCAAAGGACGGUGAGCCAGUGAAAGGUGGCUCCUCAGUCGACCAAAGGAAAGUGAUCUGAAGUGUGAGGUUAGAAGUUUUUAAAAUGGAAACUAAGGACAUUUCAUUUCGUUUUUCUAAGAAGAAAUAGGGAAUGAUGACAGCACCAUAAGCGUGUGCGUGUGCAAGUGUGUGUGUGUGUGACUGCACACGAGCAUGUGUAGGGGGAGAUUCACAACGUCCUGUUCCUGCCAUCCAGAGUCUCCAGGUCAGGAGACCCGUCCGCUCUGAGGCCUCCCUCCCAGGCAGGGCAGGCGGAGCCAUGCGUCCCUGUGCCCGUACGCCCCCUGGGUGGCCCCUUCCUGGACACUCGGCCUGGGCCAUAGCAUAGGCGGCUGAAAUAAAGGCUAGCACUGCCAUGGCACGCACACCCCCACCUCCCUGAGCCCGGAGGGCACACUGGUCAUUGCUGUAGCCAGGGAAAGUCUGCCCAUGCAGAGAGGGGCUCAGGGCCAGUGCUCCCGCCAACACGGCCCCUCGCACACGGGCCUCCCCUGACCCCCCAAGGGAGGCCUCAACUUACAGAUGGCGGUGGCCUCUGCGAGCAGCUUGGUUCUGAGGUUCUGGGCCUUCAGUGUGUGGCAUUAAAACUGAGGAAAUGAUGGACGGCAGGCUGCAAGUCACUGUUAGGAAUGUAAUGUCACUGCUGUCUCGGAAGUUUCUAGCUUGGGAUACUAAGCUGCCUGGCCAGGCCUCCACUCCACCGUGGGGAAACCGAGGACUGAGGGCUGGGAGACAGGCAGGCAGGACGCGGACCCCUGCCCUGUGCACCUCUCUCCUCUCCCAGGCCGGACCUUCGUGUGAAACCCAGAGGCAAGAGUGAUAUGUGGGAGCCUGUCUGAAGAUGCCUCUGAGCCUGCAGAAAGGUUCUUGACAGGAAGCUGAUCACAAACUGGAAACCCUUAUGGUCCAGUGCCGGCGAGGUUUCCACUGGUGGUCACAGAACAGGGCCCCUCCCCAGGGCCCCAAGCUGUCUGCUCUGUCCCAGACCCUGCAAGGCCCCACUGUGGAGGAACCCCCACCACUGGAGGCUGCUUUGCUCCUUCUCCUGUGAACAGCCUGGUCCCCACUGUCACCACCGAGUCACAUGGCACAGAGACUGGAAUCCAGCAGGACCUCAGCCUCUAGAAUGAGCCCUUUGGUGAGGGCCAAGCCCGUAGAGAUACGUGCCACCUGGGCUGCCGUGGCAGGAGGGGACACAGGCCCUUCUUAGCCCUCCCUCGCCUGCAGAACACUGAAGAGAGGUACCUGAACACCAGGACACAGUGACCUGUCCCCGAGCGUCAUCUUCAGGCAAGGGUGGCCUCCACACGAAGGUGCUGACUCCAGGCAAGGGCCAGCCUGCCCGGGAGUACGCUGGGGAACUGGGGAUGAAGCAGAGUGAACAGCACCAGUGCCCGUCCUCGGGGACCCUGCGCAUGCCCAUGGUGAGCACCUGUCUCCCAUGGUGCCUCCACAGAAUUGGAGCCCCCAUCUCCCCGUGAGGCAGACCUGAGCUGCAGAGGCUCAUGGAGACGGCUCCCUCCUGAUGACAACUCCAAAGUGCAUUCCUGGCUGUUGUAAGAGCGCCUUCUCUUUGGGUCUGUGAAUGAGAAUGAGGCGCACACAGCCCCCUUGGUGGCCCUCCCCCACCCCUCAGUCCAGUGCCCACGGGCUCCUGGAGGGAGAACCCCACGCCCUGGGCCCAGCUUCCCCACACGCUGGGGCCAGGGCGUCGGGGUCCCAGCGCGGCCCAUCUGUCCCCAGCCAGCCAGGCUUCCUCAGGCACACACAUGGCCAGAACGGCAUCGUUCCCUGGUCAGAGUGUGGCUUCGGAAAGACCCCACCCCACUCACCUCUGUCCGGGAAGGAGGAAGAGGUGGUAAAUUCGGUCAUGAGGACUUAGUGGUCAGCAUUCUGUCAGCUUAAAAUCAUCUAAGGAACUCAUCAUUGCUUGUGUGCGUAGCCUCUGAACACGGAACACACGCUAGGACUCCACCUUCACCGCACAAAACAGACACACGUGCAUGCUCCUCCAUCAGGUUCUGAAUAUCGUGAAUAUCCAGGCAGGGUGUGUGUCCUCGCUGCAUGUUUUUAUACAAUGCCAAUUAGCUUCUACUAACCAUGGUUAAACAGAAACUCAAUGUCUAUCUGUGAAUAAAAGAGACUGCACAGCAUGGACCCCGGAGACAGGACACGUCCGUCAGGGAGGAUGGUGCUGAUGGUGUCCGAGCGUCAGGGAAGAACAGAAGGAGAAGGUUUGACAACACUGAUCAUAUCAGAACACUUAUUUAUUUCUAUUUAAUGCUAUAGGAUAAGCAGUGGUCAGUAGCCCAGAGGUAACUUUACCAAAAUUGAAGUUCAAAUUACUUAAGUUUAAAAUAUUAUAGCAAAAGAUAUAUAUUUAUACUGGAGUAUUUUUACACCUUUAAUAUCCUCAGUCUUAAGCGUUGAGGCAGAUGAAAAUAGCAGCAGAAGCCCGUCAGUCAGGAAAAGGCAGGUGGAGGGGUUCCACCGGCACCUCUUCCUGCCUGUGCGGCUCCAUCCCCAUGUCCCAGGGGCUGAGGGCUCAAGGCUGCCGUGGGGGCCCUGCAGCAGCCAGGGCAGAGGCUCACCCUGGGCAUGCCACAGUCUCUGGCUUUUGUGAAUAGUUUCACGGCACACGGCACGUGGCAGCGCCAGCACCAGUGUGCUCACACAGCGCUCGUUUACCUUGUGCUACACUGGUGGUGGGAAGGAGCUGAGACAUAGAUGCCACGGCCCAGGAGACCUAAAACAUUCGCCAUGCGGAGCCCAGUAAGGGAAAGCAUGCUGGCCCCGCCCUGAGCAUCCAGUCCCACCCGUCUCCUCCCUCGGGGACUCCCACACAAGCUGGCCACCCCGUCCUGCAGCACGCCUGUGGCGACACCCUGUCACCUGUUCAUACAGCGCAGGCUGACGACUCAGCUGUACUGUGAAGUUGUCACUAGGCUAGAAUGUCCUCACAACUCUCACCCUGAAUAGCUUCCCUCCACUGAUUUACUACUGAACACUCUGUGAAAUCCGGUGGUUCGGGGCGUGGCUACGUGGAGAACGCGGCCCGGGGGUGCCCCCAGGCGGUGCCGGGCAGGGGUCCCCCUGCACUUCGAGACGCUUUAGUUAACUCUCUUACUUUAGACUCUUGAAAAACCAAACGAAGCCAAACAACAAAGGAAACCCGCACAACUUAACAGAAACUUGAAAGGGAUCAUAUACUACUAGUUUGUACCAAGUUCUUUUCCGGAAAGGGAAAUAAAUUUAUAUAUAUAGGCAAUAUAUUUUUACACUGUUUAUUAACGUUAGGGAGGACUGAGUGUAUCACUUUAUCACUGUGAUGGGUAAAGUAAUGUCGAUGUCAUGGGUGUUCUGACUCAGAAGGGCACUUCUGCUGACGUCUACACCGCACUCACCGGGAAUGUCUGUGGGGUCAGGGUGGCCCUGCUCUCCCUCCUGCAGAGUGUGAGGCGUGGUGUCACCUCUCAGAGUCGCUGUCAAGGCCCGGCUUGAAAACCUUUAGUGAAAUAGCUCAUGUCUGUCUGCAUCUCGCUCCUCAUGUGUUCGCUGUUGUUAACAUUGUGUGUCAACUUGGUAAAGUGAUAAAUAAAGGUGUUAAAUCGUGGAUCUC